ACUCAUUUCAUUUUCGGUUGGUCUGGUUUCAUUAACAUUUGUAAAAUAGACCAAUCUCUGGCUGUUUUUGAAAGUCUGUUCAAUGUAACGCAAAAAGAUUUGGACCGAGCCAUGCUUUCCAAGGAGGAAAAUGAAAAUUUGAAUAAGAUGAUCAAAAAUUUUCUUUACCAGGUUGUAUCACCAUACUUCUUGUUGAAAGACACCCAAUAUAUGUUAGAAUGGUUAAUCUACAGAUACUCCAUUCAUGAAUUUAAUCUUGAUGACCUCAUCAUUGCUGUACUGCCUUAUCAUGAAACUAAGCUCUUCCCUCGUGUAGUUCAAUUGAAUUUAAAAAUUAGAGAUUCGAGUCACAAAUGGCAUUGGUUACACAACGUGGGUAAACAUGGUGUCCCCUUGCCCAAAGAUUCUCUCCUGAACCAUCUUAAAAGCAACUCGUCAACUAUCAAAUUAUUGAUAAAUCACAUUUUGGAGACUAUUUCAAACCAAAAUAAGAUACCCGUGGUGCUAUCUUUCUUCACAUCCACACUUGUCGCCAUUUUGGAAGAUGAUCAUUUCAUUUUAGAAGAUUCUUUCAAAUUUGUAUUCAUCACUAUGAUUCUCGACUUCAUCUCUAAAAGUUCAAAAAGCCAAGAAGCAUCAUUGGUACAGUCAGGGUACAUAGUUUUAUCUCAACUUGUUACAAGGACUACCAUCAAAGCAUCUGUAUUGGAAAAGCUUUUGUGCAAAAUGGCUAAAUAUUUCGCAUCGUCUAACCACGCUAAUGAAGAAAAUUUUCUACUAACUCUCUUAAUUGUUUUUGAAUAUCAAGAACUGGAAAAAAUUCCUGAGCGGUUGGCUGGUGUACUAAAUCUAGACAGAUUUGUGGAGAUGACUAGUCAGAUAAAUUCCAACUAUCUUUUGACAUCUUUAUUAACUUUUUACAUCAGUAGAUGUGAAGAUGAUGGUGAAUAUAUGAAUUGCAUUAAAUUGAUCGAUAAUCUUCAGCUCAGGACUCGAACUUUAUCAAAAGCUUUGGAAGCAAUUAUUGAGAAGAAGUCGGAUGGAUCAGCUGAUAACUCUAAACUUUGUAAUGUCUUACAACUUUUGGAAAGACGCUUCCCUACAGAAUUCGAUGAAGCGACUAGUACUGUUGAUAUGCAAGGCUUGAAAGAUUUGAUUGUUUCGCCAUUUUACACUAGUUUAAGCGAUAAAAACCUCAACGUUUUCGUUGGUUUAACAAGUGCCAAUGAAGGAAUACGAGUUAUUUCAGCGCGCCAUAUUGCAACCCACCAGAAAGAAAUUUUGAAGUGUACUGACGAAUCGACUAAAAAGUGUAUAGCCGAUGCUUUGACUAACACUCUUCAUGAAAGUAAUCCUCAAGUUCUCAUAGAGCUUCUUUCAUGCAAAGAUUUAUUUACUAAAAUGGUCCCACUAAAUGAUCUCAUUGAAUAUGGUAAAAAGCUUCUUCCACGAUGUAUCGAAAUGAUUGGCCAGAAGAAUAAUGAUGAUGAUGAAAUUCAAAACAACUGGAUUACUGUAAGGCGAAAUUGUUUCAAACUCGUCUCCAAUUUAGAUCAUACAGAUGAAUCACAAUUUUGGGACCUAUUUGUUGACUAUUUUCUGCCGCUAGAUGCUACUGGACUAUCUUUGUUUUCAGUUAUUUUUGAAACUAACAUUGAAAAAAGUAACAAGAAGUUAUUCAAUUGGAUCAAGUCAAUCUAUACGGAAGAGCUCAAAGCAUUCAUUGCAGAUGAGGAUUAUGGAUCUUCUAUAGAUAUGGUGACUUUACAUAUUGCUCAAUACCUGAACAAACAACCAAACUCUCCGUUACUCGAUGUGCUCAAUCAACCUGGUAAAGACAAUUAUCGGAAACAUAUACUUGGACUUUGUGUUCUUUAUCAUCUUUUACCACUACAAGCUAACAAUUUCGAGGUGUAUAACAAGCUUUCCUUGACUUGUAUCUCCAUAUUAUCUAAACUCGUCGAUUCCAAGCAUGUCAAAUUCAGGCAAAAAACAUUUGAAACUGAGUCUGGAAGUUUUGAAAAUAUCAAAGACUUUAUCAAUUAUUCUAAAAAAUGGCUUGUCAAGAGUAUGGUGGUAACUCCUGAAAUGAUUGAGCUUUUUGUUUUCAGGAUAAUUUCUACCAAGCAGUUGCCUGAUACGAAUACAUGGUUUUGGCAUUCUCAAACUAUUGAAAACAAUUACAUCCAUGGUCUCUUCAAUUUUCUUUGUCAUCACAGUCAUCAUGGAAAGGUACAAUCUUUAAAUAUCUUUCAGAGGAUGCUUAAGCAUUUCAUUGAUGAGAUGAUAAAUUUUUGUCCAAAGUUUCUGAUUGGUUUAUGGGUUAAAUCGAACGAUCCCCUGUUACAAGCCAGAGCCCUUCAAAUUUCAUCUUUUGCUCUCAAAAAGAUCACUUUCGACGAGAUUGACUUGCUAUCACUUUGUAUUGCCUUACAAUCGCCAUAUUCACAUGUUCGAAGUGAAGCCGUUAAGGUCUUGGAUCUUGAAUGCAAACCUCGUGCUUUCUUUAACUUCUUUAAAUCAUUUAAAGAAUUAAUUGUGGGUGACAACCGAGAAAUGAGCAUAGCCAUGAGUAAAUUCUUGUCCGAAAAUCCUUCAAAAGGCAGUUCUUUGACUUUUAAAUGUCUUGAAAAGCAUCUUAAAAACCGUUCUACUCCUUCUUCUAUUCGAGUAGAAAUUUCAAGCAUGUUGAGAGACUAUCAGACAAAUGAAUGUGUUGAGUUAUUCUUGGAGCUUUGCAAUACAUCUCUUUGCACAUCUAGUCCAAGUUUAAUCGAAAAGCAAAUGUGCUUCUUUGGUGGUCGCAAAAUAAUUGAAAAACUACCAGAUCUCGAAGAAAUGGCGGAAUCUACUCAACGAAAGAUGUUCGAUCUAUUCAAAAAAAUCUUGACCCAUGAUGAUUAUCGCCUUCUACUUCUAGAUUUGUUCGACAAAGCUUAUGUUCGAGAAUUAUCGGAAGGUGCUAAAAUUUUUGUCAUCAAAUCUUUGCUGAAUUUGAUCGAUUUUAAAAAUGAAAGCGCUACCAGAAGAAAAUUGAAAAAGUUUUUAACUGAUGGUGAAUUGGUUGCUAAGAUUAUUGAAGAAAUUCUUGAUUCUGAUAAAGAAGAUCCAGAUACUUCGGUACAAACCAAAAAAAGGAAAGUUGACAAAGCCUCUGCUGAACAAGCAUCAAAGAAAGACAAGAAAAUUGUUGAACCUGGAACAAACGAAUGGAAGAAAAUCGUUAUUUUACUUGAAAUAUUCGCUUCUAAGGAGAAAUUCGAUGGAGCUGAUAAGUUGAUAGAAAUAGUCUUCAAGCUUCUUAAAGAUAAUCUAAUACCAGACGAACAAUCUUCUCAGUCAGAAUAUUUCCGAUCUCUUCUCUUAGUCAUUCUUUCGAGCUGUCUUGACCAAAAUGACAUCGACAUGAGUAGUUGUAAUUUAAGUCAUAUUGUUGAAAGCUUACGACUUGCAAGGCUUAGAGAAACUCGAAUGCAAGCUCUAUCCAUCAUCAAUCGAAUCUCAAGUCAAAGAAAAGACGGUAUUUUGGAAGACAUCUUUGGAAUUUUCGGCUUCAUGGGUGAUGACUUGAUCAAGUAUGAUGAUCAAUACACUCUCAAAAUUCUAGAUGAUACCAUGGAAACAUUAAUUCCAAGUUUGGCUCAUUGCAAUAACGAGUCUCCUAAAAAAAUUAUUGAGACAUUUAUCGACGCAUUCGAUGGUAUACCUGUUCAUCGUAGACUAUAUUUAUUCCAGAAACUGGCUAACCUUUUAGGAGAGGAAAACUAUCUCUGGAUUAUUGUUGCUAAAUUAGUUCGCCGUUCUCAAGACAUUGAAGAUACAAAGAAGGAAAUACAAGAGUUUGCUUCUGCUCUUGUUUGUAGCUUUGAUGCAUCUAUUCAAAUGAAUACGAUCAAGCAACUUAUGGAAAUCAGCUUAAAAAUCCUGACUUCCAAGUUCAUUCCAGCACUAUGGGAAAAUUUCCGACUAAAUGACAUCAGCAAAAGCGAGUUUGUUCGUGAAGUAAUCGAAACCAUUUAUCUAGUGGUUUCUUCGGACAAUUAUGUUUCAGCCAUUGCCAAAUCCAAAUGGUCUGAUGUUGUUCACCUGUUUAAUGAACUAUUUGAAACUAAUUUAUUAUUGAUCGAUCAAAGUAACAAGACUAUCAGCAAACCUGGCCGUUAUAGCAAUCGACUUACUAAACAGCUUCUAAGAGUCUUGGAAAAGAUCAACUCUUUGUUGCCUGGACCAGAAUUUAUUUCUGUUAUGCAUCGUCUACUCGAUUCAUCUACUCUAACUGUCAGACGAAAGGCACUUAGCCUACUCAAUGCUCGAUUGAUGACAAACAAUCUUAAGAAAUCAGAGAUUUCAAUGCUUCGUGACUUUAUUCAGCCUAUUGUGAAUAUCAUAGCUGAUAUCAAGGAAAAUAAAACCGAUUAUCAAAUUGUCACAUCACAAACUGGUUUGGAGAGCAUAAUCCUCAUUUCUAAAUUAUUGGACGGUGAUCAGGAUAGCACCCAAUUGCUUAAUGCAGCUUUAAAAUCAAUACUUUCAGUUUCUGAAGAAAUUUCAGAUAUUGAGAAACCUAAUUUACUGGCAUCAAUUAUUCUCUGCAUUUCUCAGUUAGUUACCUGUUUACAAGAUAAUUGUUUGCCUUUGUUCCCAUCUGUUAUGUCAAUCACUUUGGCAGCUUUAAAAGAAAAAUCGGAUGAUACACAACACACUUUACUACUCAGCUCUCUAACUGGUCUCAAUAAAAUUAUUAAAUGUUUUGGUAAAUUUUUAAGUUCAAAUCUUGUCGAGCUAUUGUUAACGAUUUGUUCCCUCAAAUCAAAGCAUAUUACUGGUAUGGCACAAUUAUCAGAUAAAUUGAAAGAGUUAUUCAGUGCAUUUGCAGCCCCUUACAUUGUUAUCGAUUGUGUUAAGCAACUGAAAGCAUUCCAUAUCGAUUCUGAAGAUAGUGUUUUUAAAUCCAAGAAUUCCAAAAAUCAAAAAGCAUUUUUGGAAGAAAUUGGACAUCUUAUUAUCAUCAAUAUUUUGUCUACAUUAUCUAAAAGCUUUCAACAUGAUAAUAACUCUACGUUUGCCACCACCGAUAGAACCAAAAAAUUAUAUCCUCUAAUAUUGGAUCAAAUAACAAAUGAUUUCGGACCAGAAGAUAAAUUUAUUGAAAGAAUUGACAAUGGUUUAAUUCCCUGUGUUCAACAUCUGGUUAGAGCUGUUAAUGAUCACAAUAUCGUCAAAGAUGUUAACUAUCAAAUAUUAUUAAAGACUAGAGAAAACUCAGUCAAGGUUCGUUAUCAAUCUCUUCAUGUGCUCCAUCAACUCAUAUUGUCAAUGACCGAAGAGUACACACCAUAUAUUCCAGAAGCUAUUCCUUUCUUGGCUGAACUCCAUGAAGACGAUUCUGAGAUUAUACAAAAAUUAUUACUCACUGUGUUCAGUGAUAUUGAGAAAAUUUUCGGAGAACCGAUUAGUUCAUAUUUCUGAGAAAAAUCAGAAUUUUAUAAAUGCUGCAAUAAUGAUGGACAUAUAUUGCAUAUAAUUUAAGUUUUACGUCCUUUUGUAAAAUUUGUAUAAUAAAAUGACCAGGGUAAACCAAAAAAUAUUAAACUAUUUCAUUAAGCUUGAACCUGGAUUUCCCAUUUUUGUAAUUUUUGUACCUUUAAUUGUAUCUCGUCUCUAUUUUCACGCUUCCAUGGAAGAGAUAGUAAAUACUUUGAAAAAAUUUAUUUAUCAACAAAUCAUGUUUGAAUAAAUAUAAAUGAGUUGAGUUAAAUUACAAACCAAAA